AUGCUAAACGACAUAACCGACACGGCGGCCAGUGUCUCCACGUCCGUGCCUGCUCCGCUGGAAGACUCUGUCCCUCCGGCACUCUUGCACCGGUCCCUCCGUCAGACUCCCUACCUCGUGACAUCGGCCAAGGGUCUGACGAUAACUCUCUCCGAUGGCCGCAAGGUUCUCGACGCGUGCGGAGGCGCGGCCGUGGCCUGCCUGGGCCACGGAAACGAAGAAGUCCUCGGUGCCGUGACGGCCCAGAUGUCCAGCGGCGUAAGUUACCUGCAUUCCCUAACGUACACGACGACGGCGGCGGAGGAACUGGCGCACGAGCUCGUCAACGGACCGUACGGCGGGGCCCGGUUCGGUCUGGACCGCGCGUACCUGGUCAACAGCGGCAGCGAAGCCAUGGACGCGGCGGUCAAGCUGGCCCGGCAGUACUUUUUCGAACUCGAGGGCGGGGCGACGACGAGGGCGCACUUUGUCUCGCGCCGACAGGGGUACCACGGGACGACGAUCGGCGCGAUGAACGUCAGCAGCAACCUCCCGCGCAAGAUCCCCUACGCCAACUUCCAGCUGCCCAACGUGUCGUGGGUGACGCCGGCGUACCAGUACCAGUACUCGAACUGGCGCGAGGGCGAGACCGAGGACGCCUUCGCCGCGAGACUCGUCGACGAGCUGGACGCGCACUUCCGGUCCCUCGGCCCGGAGAAGGUGGUCGCCUUCAUCGCGGAGCCGCUGGUGGGCGCGACGAGCGGGUGCACGCCCGCGCCCAGGGGCUACUUUGCCGGCGUGCGCAGGGUGUGCGACAGGUACGGCGUCCUCCUGAUCCUGGACGAGGUCAUGUGCGGCAUGGGCAGGACGGGGACGCAGUUCGCGUUCGAGCAGGAACAGGAAGGCGACGGCGACGGCGACGACGGCGUCGUCGCCGUGGUGCCGGACAUCAUGACCAUGGGCAAGGGCCUGGGCGGGGGUUUCGCCCCCGUCGCGGGCCUGCUCGUGCACAGGAAAGUCCUGGACGUGCUCAGAAAGGGGACGAGCAGUUUCAACCACGGCCACACGUACCAGGCGCACCCCGUCGGGUGCGCCGCGACCCUGGCCGUGCAGAGAAUCAUCAGGCGGGACCGCGUCAUUGAGAACUGCGCCCGCAUGGGCAUCGUCCUGCGCGACCUGCUGCGCGACGCCCUCGGCCCUAAAAAGUACGUCGGCGACAUCCGGGGCCGCGGCCUGUUCUGGGGUGUCGAGUUCGUCAAGGACAGAGACACCAGGGAGUCGUUCCCGCCCGGCGUCGCUUUCGGGCCCAGGUUCCAGCAGAUGGCCUUUGACCUGGGAGUCGCUGUCUAUCCUGGUAGCGGCACCGUAGAUGGCACAAAAGGUGACCAUGCCAUCAUAUCGCCGCCGUACAAUGUGACCGAAGACGAGCUGAGGACGAUUGUCCGUGUGGUGCUGGAGGCGUACGAGGCACUGGAGAAGGAAGUUGAUCGUGCUGGAGAUGGAGAUGGCACGGAGUGA